GCUCUAGUGCUGACAGCUACUUGAACUCCGAACAAGAUGAAACUGGUCUCCUGGAUAUUUGUAGGAUUGCAGCUGCUGUUGCUGAUAACAGCUCUCCAUGCAAAACUAUGCGUCAAGCCCACUCCAUCGACUACGACAACGACAACAACAACAACAACAACAGUUCCAUCAACGACUCAAUCAAGAGCAACACCGACCGACGAUGAAUCAACAGAGACACUAAAAACUUCAUCUUCAACACAGGCAUUGCCCACUGGAACAACACAGAUUUCAAGUGAUACUCCACUCACAGAGCAGUCGGAUGCUACAACAGAUGCAGCGUCGACAGAAUUGACACAGCCUCCAACUGAACCCAAAACAUCCACGCUCGUUACCGAAACACAAUUUCCAGAUGAUUCUACUACACACGUUCCCCCAACAGAGUUGACACAGGCUUCAUCAAUUUGGACCACAACAACGGCGACAGAUACGAAAGCGACUACAAUUCCCAUACCAAUAACAACAGGAUGUUGUGAUGUGGAUGCUGAUGCCAUGUGCAGAAGCCAUCCUGGUAUGCAGUACCUGCCACAUCCCUAUGACUGUCAUUUGUUUAUCCAAUGCGAUGGAACGCAGGGUUAUAUAAAACGAUGCCCAUCUAAUCUCUACUGGGACUCGAAGAAUCAAACAUGCGAUACUGUUUGCGCCUAAUAACCAUAAUAAUAAAAAUUAUAAUUUAAUAUGAAUAAAUGUACAUAUGCAAA